AUGGCUCCCACGCCUUCGAUACCCAUGAUAGCCGGGCGCAGAUGGCGCGGCACGGAGCCUAUGCUUUCAGACCAUAUCAGAAUCGAGGAGGGCAGCGAGGAGUCGCUCCCGCUUCUCGGAACAAGCCCGUCGUCGUCUGUUUCAUCAACAGAAUUUGAACCCAAAGAACCCGAGGUGUUCUCAUCACCGCGAGAAAAAUCAGGGCUAUCCUGGUUCUCAUGGAAAUCCAGUAAUGAUGAAUAUGAUGAUAAUGAUGGCGACGCCAUAGCUACGCAGAAGUCAGUGUUUGAUGAUCCCAGCCAUGCAAAAACAUUUCAGCCGAGCGUGGAAUGGGAAAACAUCCACCGGUUUGACCUUUCAGCCCGCUGGACCUGGAGCGAAGAACGAGCAGUAGUCCGGAAACUCGACUUCCGCAUCCUCGGAUUCAUUUGCGUCGCGUUUCUCGCACUUGAGCUGGACAGAGCGAAUCUUGGCCAGGCACUGUCUGACAAUUUCCUGCAAGAUCUUAAAUUGACCACCGAUGAUUAUAACCUUGGCAACACGUUGUUUCGAUUAGCGUUCCUCUUCGCUGAGCUUCCAUCCCAGCUUAUCAGUAAAUGGAUUGGACCAGACCGUUGGAUCCCAGCGCAGAUGUGUCUUUGGAGCGUUGUUUCCAUCAGUCAAUUUUGGCUAUAUGAUAGGUCGAGUUUCCUCUUCACAAGAGUUUUGCUCGGCAUUUGCGAAGGAGGCUUCAUUCCUCAAGGCAUUUUGACGUUGGCCAUUGGACUCCUCGCCUUCCACCUCAUCCCACCAUCUCUAACUGAAACCUCCAGUUGGUUCAGCGGCGGGAAGCCCUGGAUGAAUUCAAGGGAGGAAGUCAUCUCAGUCAACCGGAUUAUCCGUGAUGAUCCCAGUAAAGGACAGGUGCACAAUAGAGAGCCCAUCACGGUCAAGAAACUGAUCAGCUGUCUUCUCGACUACGACCUCUGGCCGUUAUACAUCAUCGGCUUGCUUUUUGGCCUGCCCAUGACACCGCCAAGACAAUAUCUCACGCUGCUUCUUCGCGAAGUCGGCUUCAGCACAGCAGUGACCAACUUGCUCACCGUCCCUGCCAUGGCAUUUUCGAUGUGCUCCAUUAUAGCCAUCAGCCAGUUAUCAGAGAAACGUCAGGAACGAUCUUUUGUUGCAAUCAUUCCUCAGGUCUGGGUGCUCGUAGGAUUAAUAGUUCUCAAAAUCGGAGAUAUCACACAGAUGAAUCCAUGGGUUGUCUGGCUGGUCCUCACAGCUCUACUUUCAUACCCUUCCCCACAUGCUCUUCAAGUCAGUUGGACGUCGAGAAAUUCAAACUCUGUGCAGCUACGAGCUGUCUCUGCCGCUGCGUAUAAUAUGUGCGUUCAGGCUUCGGGCAUGAUCGGAUCCAACAUCUAUCGCGAGGACGACAAACCGCGGUACGAAAGAGGGAAUCGAAAUCUCAUCAUAAUAGCAUGCGCAAAUAUUGUUCUUUAUUUUCUGGUCAAAGGCUACUACAUGUGGCGAAACGAGGACAAGACGAGAAAAUGGAACGCCAAGUCAGCGGAUGAACAGCAGGUGUAUCGGGAAACCACCACUGACGAAGGCAACAAACGAUUGGAUGUGUUACUUGUCCACUGA